GUCAUUAUGCUGUUUAUGUCAACACACAGUAGUGCUCCCUAGCAACAAUAAAAAUAUAGUCUGGCAAAAACCCAGAAAUGUGUUUCAGUUUCCUACAUUCAUCCACCUUUAAACUCCAUCACAAGCAUCCAGCAUCACCACUGCAGCUCCCAGACACACCUGCAAAAACACCUGUACACCAUCCUGAACACCGCAGCAACCACCUAGAAACCCCAAAGAACAGAGUGUAAAGCUGCAACAACCCAGAAUAACAGUUGCAACCACCUUUUCAUCAGCUAAACUGAUGCAUUGUGGGAACAGGAGGGAUGAAAUAUUCAAUGCUGGGUUGCCAGGUGUUAGAACCUCUUAUCUACAUCAGAGUACUGCCACAGAAACUACAAAGUAACACCAUAGCAACGACCUAACAACCACCAAGUAACACCAUGGCAAUCACCUGAUAACCACUAUGCAACACCAUAGUAACCACCUGAUAACCACCAAGUAACACUAUAGCAACCACCUGGUAACCACUAACACCAUAGCAACCAUCUGGUGAUCACCAAGUAACAUCUUAGCGACCACCUGAUAACCACCCAAUAAUACCAUAGUGACCACCUGAUAACCAGCAAGUAACAUCUUAGCAAGCACAUGACAACCACCAAGUGAUACCAUAGUGACCACCCAAUAACCACCAAAUAACACCAUAGCAACCAUCUGAUGAUCACCAAGUAACACCUUAGCAACUACCCAAAAACCACCAAGUAACAUCUUAGCAACUACCUGGUAACCACUAAGUAACCAUAGCAACCAUCUGAUGAUCACAAAGUAACAUCUUGGUAACAACCAUCCAAGUAAUACCAUAGUGACCACCCAAUAACCACCAAAUAACACCAUAGGAACCCUCGGAUAACCACCAAGUAACACCUUAGCAACGUCCAAUCAUGUGGUUUGGAUUUGGAGGUGGGCGGGGCAACAGUUUGGUACAUACGAUAAAAAAGGUUGGGCUGUCAAUCAAACUGUGUGGGCGGGGCCUGUGGCACUGUGUGGAAGAGAUGAUAUGAGAGGGAGAGAGAGAGGUGGUCGCUAUAGCUACAGUUACAGUUGUCUAGGUAACCGGCCCCCUGAGGGCUGAACAGCUGUUACCAUGGAGUUGCCGUGGUGAUGAGCCGUUAGCAGAGAGAGAUGCUGGAGGUGAUUUAACCCUUUGUGUGUUUUUACAGAUGAACGGAUCAGAAGGAGAGCUGGAGUACGAAGAGAUCACACUGGAGAGGGGGAACUCUGGUCUGGGUUUCAGCAUCGCAGGAGGAACUGAUAAUCCUCACAUCGGAGACGACCCGUCCAUCUUCAUCACCAAGAUCAUCCCGGGAGGAGCCGCCGCCCAGGACGGACGCCUCAGGGUGAACGACAGCAUCGUGUUCGUUAACGACGUGGAUGUGCGUGAGGUCACUCACUCCAUCGCCGUGGAGGCGCUGAAGGAGGCGGGGCCUGUGGUCAGGCUGUACGUCCUGCGGCGACGCCCACCGAGCGAACGCAUCACUCAGAUCAAACUGAUGAAAGGACCUAAAGGUCUGGGCUUCAGUAUAGCGGGCGGCGUGGGGAACCAACAUGUUCCUGGAGACAACAGCAUCUACGUCACCAAGAUCAUCGAGGGAGGAGCGGCGCACCGCGACGGACGGCUACAGAUCGGGGACAAAAUACUGGCGGUGAACCACAUGUCUCUGGAGGACGUCCUGCAUGAAGACGCUGUGUCCGCCCUGAAGAACACAGGGGAGGUGGUCUACCUGAAGGUGGCCACACCCACCUCGCAGUACAUCCACCCUGCUGAUCGAUACAGCCCCCCCGACCUCACCAGCUCCUACAUGGAGCCGGACUACAUGUGUGAUUACCCACAAGCCCUCCCUCCUCCGUCGCCUCGGCGAUACUCCCCGAUCCCCCGCGGCAUGAUGGGAGAGGACGAGUACUCCCGGGAGCCUCGGCGAGUGUGCGUCCAGCGCGGCUCCACCGGACUCGGCUUCAACAUCGUGGGCGGCGAGGACGGCGAGGGGAUCUUCAUCUCCUUCAUCCUUGCAGGAGGACCAGCGGACCUGAGCGGAGAGCUCCGGAAGGGCGACCAGAUCCUCAGUGUGAACGGUGUGGAUCUCAGGUACGCCACACACGAACAGGCAGCAGCAGCUCUGAAGAACGCCGGACAGACUGUUACCAUAGUAGCACAGUACAGACCUGAGGAGUACAGCCGCUUUGAAGCAAAGAUCCACGACCUGAGGGAGCAGAUGAUGAACAGCUCGUCUGGAAGUCUGAGAACCAACCGCAGCUUCUACGUCAGGUCGCUGUUCGACUACGACAAGCAGUGGGACUGCGGCGUCCUGUCACAAGCUCUGGACUUUAACUUCGGGGAGGUGCUUCAUGUGAUGGACAGCGCUGACGACGAGUGGUGGCAGGCCAGACGGGUCAACCAGCAGGGGGAGCUGGAGGAGCUGGGAUACAUCCCCUCCAAACACAGGGUGGAGAGGAAGGAGUGGUCACGGAUGAAGAGUAAAGGUAGAGAAGGUUUCGUUCACAGCUACGAGCUCGUCACUCAGAUCGAAGUGGACUACGCUCGUCCCGUCAUCAUCCUGGGUCCGACCAAAGACCGAGUCAACGACGACCUGCUGUCCGAGUUCCCCGACAAGUUCGGCUCCUGCGUCCCUCACACCACCCGCCCCCAGAGGGACUACGAGGUCGACGGGCGGGACUACCACUUUGUGUCGUCACGGGAACAGAUGGAGCGAGACAUCCAGUCCCACCGCUUCAUCGAGGCGGGCCAGUACAACAACCACCUGUACGGGACGUCGGUGCAGAGCGUCAGACAGGUGGCCGAACAGCAGGGGAAGCACUGCAUCCUGGACGUGUCGGCCAACGCAGUGAGGAGGCUGCAGGCAGCUCAGCUCCACCCCAUCGCCAUCUUCAUCCGACCACGAUCCCUGGAGAACAUCCUGGAUCUGAAUAAGCGUCUGUCGGAGGAUCAGGCGAGGAAAGCUCUGGAUCGAGCCAUCAAACUGGAACAAGACUUCCUCGAAUGUUUCACAGCCAUCGUGCACGGCGACAGCUUCGAGGAGGUGUACCACCUGGUCAAAGCCGUCAUCGAGGAGCAGAGCGGCCCGUACAUCUGGGUCCUCACCCGCGACAGACUCUGAUUGGCCACUGCCAGCGACGGGCACCAUCUCCGUGGAAACCGCCGCCACGGAGAGCAGAUGUUUGUCUUUUUAUUGUUUUGGUUUUCUUUCUAUGGGAGGAUGACGACAGAACACAGGCGCUGGAUGGAUGCUGUAACCACGGUAACCAAGAGAGAUCUGUUUCUUUAAGAGAAGGACGAACCUGUCUGUCUCUCCAGCUGUCUGUGUGUCAGACGGAGAGAUGGAGACAGAUGAUCAAUUGAUUGAUUUAUGUGUUGAUUCAAUAAUCCUGUAUUAUCAGUAAAUAAUGAAUCAGGACUGUA